GGGGCUGCAGCUUUCCCCGGCCCGGAGCGAGUGUGCGGGGCCGGGAGGAGAGCCGGGAGGGUGGGGAGCGGGCCGAGCCCGGGGCUGCGGCUGCGGCCGCGGGGCUGUGGCGCCCCAGCCCCGCCAGCUAGCCCGAGCGCUCGGAGGGAGAGGCAAGGUCUGGACGGGGUGGCUGGACCAGUGGCAGAAUCCAGUGCCAGACUCUGGACUUGAGGGUUCUGGGCUGUGGUCUGUAGAAGCGAAGGAGAGAAGGACUCAAAUCCAGGCCAACUGUAUGGCUGUCUGAGGUGUUGGAACAGAAGGAAGUCCAUUCCUGUCGGUGACAACACUGUGGCCCUGUUCUGGAAUGACCGAGGUGUAAAGGUUUCCCCCAAGAAAGAGCAGCUGAGUCCUUGCAUCUUGUGGCAGCUGGUGUGCCCAGCACUGAGCCCGUCGGAGCUGAAGGCAGCCCGGCCCCUUCUCAUGGGCAGCACCCACCUGUGCUGAGGUCCUGCAGCGGUGGCUGUGUGAGGAGCUGUGCAAUCAGUUGUAACUGAAAAUGUCUGACGGUCUGGAUAAUGAAGAGAAACCCCCAGCUCCCCCACUGAGGAUGAAUAGUAACAACCGGGAUUCUUCGGCACUCAACCACAGCUCCAAACCACUUCCCAUGGCCCCUGAAGAGAAGAAUAAGAAAGCCAGGCUUCGCUCUAUCUUCCCAGGAGGAGGGGAUAAAACCAAUAAGAAGAAAGAGAAAGAACGCCCAGAGAUCUCUCUUCCUUCAGACUUUGAACAUACGAUUCAUGUGGGGUUUGAUGCAGUCACCGGGGAAUUCACUCCAGAUCUCUAUGGCUCACAGAUGUGCCCAGGGAAGCUCCCAGAGGGAAUUCCUGAGCAAUGGGCACGAUUACUCCAAACUUCCAACAUAACAAAGCUGGAACAGAAGAAGAACCCCCAAGCCGUUCUAGACGUUCUCAAAUUCUAUGAUUCCAAAGAAACAGUCAACAACCAGAAGUACAUGAGCUUUACGUCCGGAGAUAAAAGUGCACAUGGAUAUAUAGCAGCCCAUCCUUCGAGUACAAAAACAGCAUCAGAGCCUCCUUUGGCUCCCCCUGUGUCUGAAGAAGAAGAUGAAGAAGAGGAAGAAGAAGAAGACGACAAUGAGCCGCCACCAGUCAUCGCACCAAGACCAGAGCACACAAAAUCAAUCUACACUCGUUCCGUGGUUGAAUCCAUUGCUUCACCAGCAGCACCAAAUAAAGAGGUCACACCACCUUCUGCUGAGAACGCCAAUUCCAGUACUUUGUAUAGAAACACAGAUCGGCAAAGGAAAAAAUCCAAGAUGACAGAUGAGGAGAUCCUAGAGAAGCUAAGAAGCAUUGUGAGUGUUGGUGACCCAAAGAAAAAAUACACAAGAUUUGAAAAAAUAGGUCAAGGGGCAUCAGGUACUGUUUAUACAGCGCUAGACAUCGCCACAGGACAAGAGGUGGCCAUAAAGCAGAUGAACCUUCAACAGCAACCCAAAAAGGAAUUAAUUAUUAAUGAAAUUCUGGUCAUGAGGGAAAAUAAGAACCCCAAUAUUGUUAAUUAUUUAGAUAGCUACUUAGUGGGUGAUGAACUAUGGGUAGUCAUGGAGUACUUGGCUGGUGGCUCUUUGACUGAUGUGGUCACAGAGACCUGUAUGGAUGAAGGACAGAUAGCAGCCGUCUGCAGAGAGUGCCUCCAAGCUUUGGAUUUCUUGCACUCAAACCAAGUGAUCCACAGAGACAUAAAGAGUGACAAUAUUCUCCUUGGGAUGGAUGGCUCUGUUAAAUUGACUGAUUUUGGGUUCUGUGCCCAGAUCACCCCUGAGCAGAGUAAACGAAGCACUAUGGUGGGAACUCCCUAUUGGAUGGCACCUGAGGUGGUGACUCGAAAAGCUUAUGGUCCCAAAGUUGAUAUCUGGUCUCUGGGGAUUAUGGCGAUUGAAAUGGUAGAAGGUGAACCCCCUUACCUUAAUGAAAAUCCACUCAGGGCAUUAUAUCUGAUAGCCACUAAUGGAACCCCAGAGCUCCAGAAUCCUGAGAGACUGUCUGCUGUAUUCCGUGACUUUUUAAAUCGCUGUCUUGAGAUGGAUGUGGAUAGGCGAGGAUCUGCCAAGGAGCUCUUACAGCAUCCAUUUUUAAAAUUAGCCAAGCCUCUCUCCAGCCUGACUCCUCUGAUUAUCGCUGCAAAGGAAGCGAUUAAGAACAGCAGCCGCUAGGACUGCAAGCCUUACCCCACACCAUCUCCUUCAUGAGUAAGACUGAAAUAAAACUCCACUGCAGGAAAGAUGGAAGAAAAGACAGUUGAAUGGGGUGGGGAUUCUUUAACUUUCAAAUGAAUAGAAACUUCUUAUAAGCCUUUUUCCUACUCCCUCAGAUUAUGUAAUUUAUUUGUAAGCCUGAAUCGCAGCCCAAACAGGGCAGCAAUGUCGAAGUGGCCAUCAAGUGGUCACUUCUACCGUGAAGCGAAAGAGCCAGUAGUGAAUCCCCUCAUUUUGUGCAUUCACUUUGAAGAAAAAAGAUUUCUCAAAGAUGCACACUCCCUCUUCAUAGUGUUGUGUUUGUUUUUAAGUUAGAGAGUAGUCCCUCUUGCAUUCGAACCUCCUUCAAAACUCCUUACCCAAUGUGAUGUUUUUCACUUGCAUUGUCAUUAGAUGUCCAGAAAAAAAAAGAUGUCAAAACGUUUUUUUAAAAAAAAAGAAAGUAAAAAACAAAAACAAAAAAAAAAAACAAAAACAAACAAAAAAAAAUAA